UCCUUUUUCCAAUCUGCCAUUUUGAUAAUGUUAAAGGCGCAAGUAAGGCGUCUUGGGGAGUUAUAUAAUAUACUACUGGUCCAGUCAGUCCUCUUCUUUUGCCCAAUCCUGCUUACAGACGGCCACCUAGACCUUGUUCUUGAAAACCCGUCAGUCGGCCUUUAUCCCCUUUUGCGCGUGCAACAAAAUGUCAUUCAUUCUUGCCUAUCGAAAACCGAAGGAGAAGCUGGCGAGAGCCCGGGCGCGGGCACCAAGUAUUCCCAGGCUCCAUGAAAAUCUCACGAAGCUCAAGUCGAAGCCCUACAGGCUGUUGAACUUCGAAGAACUGCCCGCAUGGUACCAAGACAACCACUUCACAAGGUCGGGCUAUCGACCGGUAGCCAACUCGUGGUUUACAUGCCUCCUGUCCCUAGGACACCUGCACAACGAGUCAAUCAACAUCUACACUCAUCUGGUCCCGGCCUUUUGUCUUGCCGUGGGACAAGUCCUCGUCUACCGUGGUCUCAGCUGGUUCUACCCUGAGGCGUCGGUGGCCGAUUACGCCGUCUUCAGCAUCCAAGUCGGCGCUGCCAUCGUCACCAUGCUCCUUUCCUCCACCUAUCACACCCUCAUCUGCCAUUCCAAGGAUGUUGAGAAUCUAAUGCUGAGGGUCGACUAUGUGGGCAUUCUCACGCUGAUCCUGGGGAGCUUCUUUUCCGGGAUUUACGUUGGAUUCUAUUGCGAACCAUUGCUCCGUUGGGUCUAUUGGAGCAUGAUCAUCUCCCUCAGCCUCAUCACGGCCACGCUGGUUCUGCACCCACGCCUACAGGGCUUGAAAUACCGGGGCCAUCGAACGUGGGCUUUCAUCUUCACCGCACUGUCGGGCUUCGCACCCAUCCUUCACGGCCUCUACCUUUACGGCUGGCGCGAGAUGUGGGUACGCUCGGGGAUGCCGUACUGGUUUUUGGAAGGCGUCGUCUACGGCAUCGGCGCCUUCUUCUUCGUGACGCGGAUACCUGAGUCGAUAUGGCCCGGCGAUUUUGACAUCUGGUUUUCCUCACACCAGUUUUUCCAUGUCUUGGUGGUGGUUGCCAGUCAGGUACAUCUAUACGGGGUUUGGGUGGCUUUCGAUUGGAACUACCAAAACCAAAGAGUCUGUCCUGCCAUCGGAUUCUAGCUGGCGGCGACGAAUACAUGCAUGCAUCUAUGCUCUCACGCGACUUAGAACCAGUAAUCGACUUCGGAAGGCGACCUUGCCGGCCCGUCAAUUGCUCUAUGCAGUCUAUCGAAAUCUAGAUUCUAUGCUCAAACAGUGAACUUUUGCAGGUUGUCGGGAC